CUUCCCAAUCCCAUUGCUACAGUCCUGCAGUCGCCUCUCGGUCCUCACGGGUGAGACUUUCAACCUUGCUGCCCAGCGACAAAUUCCAACAUCAGGAUACCACCUCGAUCCCACUCAUCAUGGCUUCCACCGAAUAUGGCAUCACCCGCGACCAGGGCUACAACAUGCCCUCCGACUCCGACAGCAACAAGAAAUCCUCCGACCCGGAAAAAGAGCUCGCGGAGAAAGUCUCCUCCAAUGACCUCACCCAACAAACCACCCUCCACGAAGGCGAAUCCAAAUUCAAGAAACUCGGCUGGAAGCGUCUGACAAUCUGCCUCAUCGUCGAAGCCAUCGCUCUAGGCUCCCUCUCCGUGCCCUCCGCCUUCGCCACCGUCGGAAUGGUCCCGGGUGUAAUCCUCUGCAUCGGCCUCGGUCUCGUGGCCAUCUACACCUCGUACGUCGUCGGCCAGGUCAAACUCCGUCAUCCACACGUCGCCGACUACGCGGAUGCAGUCCAGCUCAUCUGGGGUAAAUUUGGCUACCAUCUCACCUCCGCCAUGUUCGUGCUGUUCCUCGUUCUCCUCGUCGGCUCGCACGUCCUCACCGGUACAAUCGCCUGGAUCCGCAUCGUCGACGAUCCGUCCACCUGCGCUCUCGUCUGGGGUGUCCUCUCAGCCAUUAUCCUCUUCGCCGUCGCUCUACCGCCAACAUUCCACGAGUUCGCGAUCCUCGGAUACAUCGACUUCGUCUCCAUCAUCCUCGCCAUCAUGAUCACCAUCAUCGCGACGGGCAUCGAAGCACACAACGGUCCAGGAGGUCUCUCCGGCGUCGACUGGUCCGCCUGGCCGAAAGAGGGAACGACCUUUGCAUCCGCCUUCCUCUCCGUGACGAACAUCAUCUUCGCCUACUCCUUCGCCGUCUGCCAAUUCUCCUUCAUGUCCGAAAUGCACCGUCCGCAAGACUACGUCAAAUCCAUCUGGGCGCUGGGCAUCAUCGAGAUCUUCAUCUACACCGUCACUGGCGCACUGAUCUACGCCUUCGUCGGAUCCGCCGUCGCAUCUCCCGCGCUGCUCUCCGCUUCCCACAUCGUCACCCGCGUGGCUUUCGGCGUCGCUCUUCCCGUCAUCUUCAUCUCCGGCUCCAUCAACGGCACCGUGGUGGGCAAGUAUAUCAUGAACCGCGCGUUCCCCAACUCCCCGCUCCGCUUCAUCAACUCGGUCAAAGGCUGGGCGGUAUGGAUGUCGCUCAUCGCGUUCCUCACACUCAUCGCAUUCGUCAUCGCCGAGGCCAUCCCAUUCUUCAACGCCCUCCUCGGCCUCAUCUCCGCGCUGUUCAUCUCCGGAUUCACAUUCUACUUCCCGGCUCUCUUCUGGUUCCAGCUCAUCAAAGAAGGGAAAUGGAACGCCUCUCGGAAAAACAUUAUCCUGUCGAUCACCAACGCCGCAGUACUGAUUAUUGGCGCUUUGGUCCUCGUUUGCGGAACGUACGCGAGUGUGGAGGAUAUUCUGACGCAGUUUAAUAAGGGCGAGGAUGAGGAGGAGGAGGAGGAGGAAAAGAUGCUCAAAGGACCGGAAAGCCACGAAGAUGGCAAUGAGCAAGGAAAGAAAACGAGAGGAUAG